GAAGGCAACCACGCCAAGGGAACCACCCCCAGCCCAAGCAACAAAUUAAAAAGAGGGUGUGUGGUGGUGGCCUCGCUGGGAUUCGCGAGCGAGACGCGAUCUCCUCCUCCGUCUCCUCCUCGCGCGCGGCUGCGCUUUGUUUUGCUUGCUUGCUUGCCUGCAGAGUUGCGGCCCGAUCUCCCCAAUCCCCCCCCCCCCUUCAGCCUCUUCGCUUGUGGGGGUGCGGAGAUUCGGCGCGUCGAGAGCGAUGGACCAGCUCGUCAAUUUCAUCAUCCGGCCUCCCAGAGCUGAAUACAGUCCAAAUGAUGAUCUACUGGAGCAGGAGUUUAUGUUGAAACGAAGAUGGUUUCAGAGAAAGGAUUUGGAGGUUGUAAAUGGCCAGGGCAAGAAAUUGCAGUGUAGCCACUACAUGCCUACUGUGAUCCCCGAAGGAAAAGCUCUUCCUUGCGUUAUAUACUGUCAUGGGAACAGUGGAUGCAGAGCUGAUGCUAGUGAAGCUGCAAUUAUUCUUCUACCAUCAAAUAUUACAGUCUUUACACUGGACUUUUCAGGGUCUGGCCUCUCUGAAGGAGAACAUGUCACCUUAGGCUGGAAUGAAAGAGAAGAUCUGAAAGCUGUUGUCAAUUAUUUGCGGACAGAUGGGAACGUAUCCUGUAUUGGUUUGUGGGGUCGCUCAAUGGGUGCAGUAACAAGUCUGAUGUAUGGAGCAGAGGAUCCAUCAAUUGCUGGAAUGGUUCUUGACAGUCCGUUCUCGAACUUGGUUGACUUGAUGAUGGAACUAGUGGAUACAUACAAAUAUCCCCUACCAAAAUUUACGGUGAAACUAGCAAUACAACAUAUGCGAAAGGUUGUCAAGAGAAAAGCCAGCUUUGACAUCAUGGAUCUUGAUACCAUUCAGGUAGCAAAGCGAUGUUUUGUUCCUGCUUUGUUUGGACACGCGACUGAAGAUGAUUUUAUACUGCCCCAUCAUUCAGACAAAAUUUAUGAAGCAUAUGUUGGAGAUAAAAACAUUAUUAAAUUUGAUGGGGACCACAAUUCACCCCGUCCACAAUUUUACUUUGAUUCUAUAACAAUAUUUUUCCAUAAUGUGCUAAACCCUCCUGAUGUUCCUGAUGAUCAUUUUUUCCUGACACCACAUGGAAGCCUUGGUCAGGGUCAUUGGGAUACAGAACAUGACAUAGAGUAUAGGUUUGCUCAAUCACCAACAGCCCGCGCAGCUACCACAGAAGAUGCCAUUGCACAGUUGCGUUCGAGAAGGCUCAUGAGUAGAAUGGAGGUCCCGACUGGUGCCACUGCAGAAGACAGGGCCGACAGAAAUGAGGUAAUGGACAGUGAUAAUGGUCCUUCCUCUUCUAGUAUAUCUACCGCAACUCCUCCUAAUGGCCGCAAUGGACGGUUGCUAACUCCAACCUCUGACGAUGGCGAGUAUGUGGAGUACUCAUUUGAUAGUCUAUCAGAUAUGCCCUACACCGAGGAAGAUGAGGAUAGAGAUCUUGAGCAGUCAAAUACAAAGACUGUGCAAUCUGUUGCAUCUGAUGCUGCAUCCAAAGAACAUAAAGAAGAAAAUGGUUGCAAUGGUGCAACUGAGGCAGUGUUGGAGCCAGAUACAUCCUCCACCUCGGCACGGACCACAGAUGCUCCCAGCAAGGAUCCAACAGCAUGCAGCAGCGAAGUAAAGUCAUCGGACGUGCAAAGUGCAGACAAGUACACUACAAAUAGUGCUGCUUCUGUUAACACUUCUAGUUCAUCAGAAUCCAAUGCAUCAUCCCAGGUUACGAAUGGAAAAUCCAUCUCAUCAGAGUCCCAGAAACCAACACAGAACGCCAAUGGCGAGGAUGGGACCAGAGCAACCCUGGUGGUACAAAAGAGCCGAACUGGCAGCCUAAUAGAUGGACUGACACACAAAUGGGGUUCCCUUUUCAAGAACAAUGACUAAGACAAACGAAGGUAUACGAUGACGCCAGUUGACGAUUUAUGUUAUUGUGUGUUUAAUAUAGCCAUAGAGCUGCCUCUGGCCGCACAUGUCCAGCGUGAUUGGUUUACGUGUAAAAUGAAAGGGAAAAGGGAAAAUACUGUAAAAGUGGUGUAUAUAUACAGCUAGGGUGGUAGUGAUCCCAUUGAUAGUGUAUCAUCAUGUCUCACUCAGCACUGCAUUGAUUUUGGUGAACUGGCAGGCUCUUUCUUGCAAAUAUGGUGUGAUAUGCUGACCCCCUUGCCUCUUGCAGUACUACAUAAAAUAUGGUGUGAUAUGGUGUGAUAUGCAGCACUACAUAAAUUUUC